AUGCUCGUAAUACUUUUAUGUCUUGAUACUUCAUCAUCAUCAUCAAUUAAAGAUGUUUCAUCAAUAAAUGAUGUUUAUAAUUUAUUAUCAAAUUAUGCUGAAAAAUUAAUGAAUAAUUCACGUGAAAAUAUUCUUAAAACUUUAAUUGAACCAAAAGAUAAAUUUCAAUAUCAUAAUUAUGAUUCAAUGGUAGAAAAACUAAAAGAAUUAAAUAAUAAAUAUCCAAAUAUAACAAGUUUAUAUACAAUUGGUAAAAGUAAUGAAAAACGUGAUUUAUGGGUUAUGAUUAUAAGUGAUCAACCACUUAUACAUGAACCAGGUGAACCAGAAGUUAAAUAUAUUGGAAAUAUGCAUGGUGAUGAAAGUGUUGGACGAGAAUGUUUAAUACUUUUUAUUGAAUAUUUAUGUAUCAAUUAUGAAAAACAUGAUUAUAUUACUCAACUUGUUAAUAAUAUUCGUAUACAUAUAAUGCCAACAAUGAAUCCUGAUGGUUUUGAAUAUGAAUAUAAACAAACAGUACAUGCAUUAGGAAAUGGUCGUUUAAAUGCUAAUCAAAUUGAUUUAAAUCGAAAUUUUCCAAAACUUGAAUUUGAAAGAUUAAAUAAUAAAAAUAAUGAUCAUAAUAUUGUUAUACCAAAACAAAAUUUUGAUAAUACAAAUAAUUAUUUAGAUGAAUUAACUAAUACAAAAGAAAAACUUGAACCAGAAGUUCGUGCUGUUAUGCAUUGGUCACUUAUUUAUCCAUUUGUUUUAUCAGCUAAUUUACAUGGUGGUGCUCUUGUUGCUAAUUAUCCAUUUGAUAGUAAUAUACAAGAUUCAACUAGUAAAGAAAGUAAAUCACCUGAUGAUCAAACAUUUAAAAUGCUUGCUAAAGCAUAUUCAUAUGCUCAUCCAAAAAUGUAUCAAGGUAAUGCAUGUGUAAGAUUUAAUGAUGGAAUAACAAAUGGUGCUGCUUGGUAUAUUAUUGAUGGUGGUAUGCAAGAUUGGUCAUAUGCUUAUACAUCUGAUAUGGAAAUAACAAUUGAAUUAGGUUGUAAUAAGUAUCCAGAUGAAACUGAUUUAAAAUCCUAUUGGGAUGAUAAUAAAGGAGCUUUAUUAGCUUAUAUUACUCAAGUUGUUCAUGGUAUUCGUGGUUUUGUAUUUGAUUCAAAAACUAAAAUACCACUAUCAGGUGUUAUGAUUCAUGUAAAUGGUAUUGAACAUAAUGUUAGUAGUUAUCGUGAUGGUGAUUUUUUCCGUUUAUUAACACCUGGUAUAUAUGAUAUAACAGCUGAACGUGUUGGAUAUCAAUCUGAAACAAAACAAAAUAUAUUAGUUGGUAGUCAAUCUUCAACAUAUAUUGAAUUUAAAUUAAAACGUAAAGAUUUCUCAAAUACUACAAGCAUUAAUAAUGAUACAAGAGGAACAUUUUCAGCAUUUGUUAAUCUAACAUCAACAAAUGUUCGAACAUUAUAUCAUCAAACUAAAGACUUCAUACUUCAUCAAAACCUUUUUCUUAUUAUUGCUGGCAUAUUUGCUUUAUUUGUAGCAAUUAUAUUUAUUUUUGUUGUUAUAUAUUUAAAAUUUUGUCAAAAAUCAACAUCACGUACUCAUACUGGUUUUCAACGAUAUGAACCAUUAGUUCAAGAUGAAAAUGAUUUGCCAAUAAUGGAACGACAGAAUGGAAGAAAAAUUUUAAGAAAUAAUCAUGCUCUGGCAAGUGAAUCAUCUGAUGAUGAUGAUGGUGAUCAAACAUUAUUUUCAUCAAAAAUAAAGAAACCAAUGAUUCCUUAA